CCAAGUAGCAGUGGCAAACCAAAGCGCCAUUCCUUACUUGCUCUAUCCCAUCUCCUCAUCAUCGUAAGCUAGUAUACAUACUAUACAAAUUAAUUAGAUCGACAUGGCGCCUCAAGAAUUGCACGAUGGUGAUAAGCACAAGGAGGCGCCUCCUCCCGCCGGCAGCAACGGCAACCCUUCCGGCGCCGUCCAUCCCACCACCUCCAGCCCGCCGUCCGGCCACCGCCCCGCGGCCGCCAACCCAUUCCCUCUCGUCCUCAAGUUUGAGGAAGUGGUGUACAAGGUGAAGGUCGGGCAGGCGACGGACGGUUGGUGCACGAGGGUCUCGGCGGCGUGCCGCGGCGGCGGCGGGGCGGGGGGCAAGAAGAACAAGGCGGCGGUGGCGGUGUCGCCGCCGAGGGAGAAGACGAUCAUCAGCGGGAUGUCCGGGGUGGUGCGGCCGGGGGAGAUGCUGGCGAUGCUGGGCCCGUCCGGGAGCGGCAAGACGACGCUGCUGACGGCGCUGGGAGGCCGGCACCGGCACGCGCUGCUGUCCGGGAAGAUCACCUACAACGGGAAGCCCUUCUCCGGCGCCGUGAAGCGGCGCACGGGGUUCGUGACGCAGCACGACGUGCUGUACCCGCACCUCACCGUGUCGGAGACGCUGUGGUACACGGCGCUGCUCCGUCUGCCCCGCGCGCUGGGCGCCGGCGAGAAGCGCGCGCAGGCGGAGGCGGUGGCCGCGGAGCUGGGCCUCGCCAAGGUGGCCCACAGCAUGGUCGGCGGCGUGCGGGGCGUGCGCGGGCUGUCCGGCGGCGAGCGCAAGCGGGUGAGCAUCGGGCUGGAGAUGCUCGUCGACCCCAGCCUGCUGCUCCUGGACGAGCCCACCUCAGGGCUCGACUCCACCACGGCCGCCAGGAUCGUCGGCACGCUCCGCCGCAUGGCCGCCGGCGGCGGCCGCACGGUCGUGGUCACCAUCCACCAGCCGUCGUCGCGCCUCUACCACAUGUUCGACAAGGUGCUGCUGCUGUCCGCCGAGGGGCGGCCCAUCUACUACGGCCUCGCCGCCGACGCGCUCUCCUACUUCGCCUCAGUCGGCUUCGCGUCGCCGCUGUCCGUCAACCCGGCCGACCUCAUGCUCGACCUCGCCAACGGUAUCUUGCCGGACACGAACGGCGACGGCGUUCUUCCCGGCGGCGGGAGCGAGGGCGAGCAGAAGGAGGUGCGGGGGAAGCUGGCCGACGCGUACGCGCGCCACAUUGCGCCGGCGGUGAAGCUCGACAUAUGCUCCAACGAGGCGGCCGGCGCCGGCGGCAUCAUCGGGCAACGCCGGGGCGCGUCGGGGUCGGGGUCGGGCGUGGAGUGGACGGCCGGGUGGUGCGCCCAGUUCUCGGUGCUCCUCCGGCGCGGGCUCAAGGAGCGCCGCCACGAGUCCUUCAACAAGCUCCGCAUCUUCCAGGUGCUGAGCGUGGCGUUCCUCGCGGGGCUCCUCUGGUGGCGCACGCCGGCGGCGCACCUGCAGGACCGGACGGCGCUCAUCUUCUUCUUCUCCGUCUUCUGGGGCUUCUUCCCGCUCUACAACGCCGUCUUCGUCUUCCCGCUGGAGCGCCCCAUGCUGCUCAAGGAGCGGUCCUCGGGGAUGUACCGCCUCUCCUCCUACUUCGCCGCGCGCACCGCCGCCGACCUGCCCAUGGAGCUCGGCCUGCCCACCGCCUUCGUGCUCAUCCUCUACUGGAUGGGCGGCCUCGACCCGCGCCCGGCCUCCUUCCUGCUCUCCCUCCUCGUCGUGCUCUACAGCGUGCUCGUCGCCCAGAGCCUCGGGCUCGCCGUCGGCGCCGUGCUCAUGGACGUCAAGCAGGGCACCACGCUCGCAUCCGUCAUCACCAUGGUCUUCCUCAUCGCCGGCGGCUACUACGUGCAGCACAUCCCGCCCUUCAUCGGGUGGCUCAAGUGGCUCAACUACAGCUUCUACUGCUACCGGCUCCUCCUCGGCAUCCAGUUCCGCGACGGCAGCGCCGUCUACGACUGCGGCGGCGGCGCGCUCUGCCCCGUCGCCGACUUCCCCGCCAUCAAGGCCGUCGGGCUCAACAACCACUGGGUGGACGUCUGCGUCAUGGCGCUCCUCCUCGUCGGCUACCGAGUCGUCGCCUACCUCGCCUUGGACCGCCUGCAGCCGAGGUAACUGAAGCCCAAGGGAGCAUCAUCCGUCUCAGCCAUGGAGGACCGACGGAUACAACAUCCACCAUGAGCUAGUUAGCCAUAAGCCGGGCAAGCUAGUUAGCUGAUUGCUCGCCGGCGCAGCGCUUCCCGGAUCCAUGGGGUAUACUCUACUGUGAUCCAGACCUGAGGCAUGACAGUUUGAGCUCGAUCGAUCUUGACGAGAGAUGAAGAAGAGAGGAUUAAUCUUCAUACUAAUAAGUAGAGUAGUACCACUCUGAGUCAAUAUGCAGUACUGCUUAAUCUGUACUGCAUCGAUUUUACAAGCUGGUAUGAUGGGCGUAGAACAAAAGUGAAAACUGCAAGUGCCUGCCAAUAGCACCGCCAUCAACUUUGCCUCAUCUUCUCAGGUUCUUUCUUGGAUCUGCACGUCAACUCCGGCUGUGCAUCAAACCCUAGCUAGAUGGGUCUUCUCAGCGGGGCCAUACUGCUGCUGCAGCUCUCCCGCAUCAAUCUGAGGGAAUAAGAAAUUACAUCACCUCAUACAUAAAUAAAUACAACUGUUAGUACAAGUUCUUAUCUUAAUUAUUCUUGCUAUGAGAAGACACCACUUCUUGGCUGA